AAUUUAUAGAAAGUACUGUUUAUAGAUAUAUAAACUAAUUAUAUUGAACUGUUGUGCUUCAAAGACGAUGAGAGACAAUUUUUUUUCGGAAUGGGCCAUUUCGUCGUGAGUUUGACUGCAAGAAAAUACAUUGCAAACGUAGUUACAUUGGUUGUAUUCAUGGGAUGUGUACUUUACUAUAUAUACGGAACCAAUUGCGGAAUAAACAGAACUAAGAUAUAUUACAAAAGUCGGCAUACACCAAAGGUUGAUUAUAUUGACAAAAACAAGUUUAAUUUUGGGAAUGAUAGGUUAAAAAAAAUUUCAUCAAGACGUGGAAAAUUAUUUGUUGACAAUCGGAAGUUUAACCAUCAGAAUUAUGAUCAUAAAAUUGAAGAUAUCAAUAUAAACAAAAAGAUGGUUAAUGAUAUUAAGCAAACAAAAAUAGAUUUUCCUAAAAGGACAUUCAAAGAAAAAACUACAUCAACCGCUACAACUAGUACUACCACGACAACUACCAUCCACACUUCCACGACAACUACUAUUAGGAGCACCACUGUAUCUCACAACAGCAAAUCUAAGCAUCCCGUGAAAGAUGUAUGGAGUGAUGAUUGGCCUCGGGUGAAUAUUUAUAAUUGUGCUCAUAUGGAAUUUAUGAAUCGUGGAAUAAAUUCCCACCAGCGCUUCAAAACCUGGCCAUAUCCCAGAACAGGAGUUGUGAGUUUCCCGGGCAGUGGUAAUACUUGGACACGACAUUUAAUUCAACAAGCAAGUGGUUUGUGGACAGGAAGUGUUUAUUCUGACCGCAGUUUAUUUGCUGGAGGAUUCCUAGCAGAACUUGACGAGUGUGAUGAUAACUCGACGGUGGCAGUUAAGGCUCAUUUUCCGAGACUUGAUGCUUCAUCGUAUUGUAAGUUUGAACGUGUGAUUUUGGUGAUUCGAGAUCCGUACCGUGCUGUACUGUCAGAAUUCAAUUGGAGAUCGACAAGUCGGCACACUGGAGUGGCAGAUCCAAGAUUAUUCAAAUCUAAACUUUGGAAAGAGCAUGUCGUUGCACGGACUGAAAAAUGGAUGGCAACAACGAAAGGUUGGAUUGAAAGAUAUGCCGAUAAAAAUGCUGUAUUCAAGAAGGAUGAAAACCCGUAUACAGCACCACCUGAUGCGCACAAAAAGUUGUUGCUUGUAUCAUAUGAACGAAUGAAAAGGAACGAAACCAAAGAGAUGGCCAGAAUGAUGAAAUUUCUUGGCUUGCCAUUGUACAGAAAACAAUGCGUGGAGGAAGAGGCGGAUGGUAAUUUUCAUCGAAAGACCAAACAAUCCGAAUCAAUUAGUUGCUUGUAUGAACGGCAGAACCUAAAUCAUGAAGUAGAAAAACGAAUACACAUCUUAUUGAAAUUUUCACAAAAGCUUGGAAUAGGAAACAUUGCUGCGGAAUUUGAAGGACCUAGUGGAAAAGUUGGAUCAGAUAAAUGUGCCUAUCUGACAAGCGACCAAUAAAUGAUCAUAAUUGUUUUAUAACAUCUGCUUUUAUUAUAGAAUUAGCGUCAGAGUAACCUUAUUGUGAAAAACAACGUAUACCUCAUUUUGAUUUUCAUUUUUUUUUCUAUUUGCUGAAAGUGAACCUAUCUAUAUAUAUAUAUAUCGUAUUUAUUGAACACGUUAGUGGACAUAACGAUCGUUUUGCAUUAUUGUUGUUCUUGUUCUUAUCUG